AUGAAAGCUACCACCAAGCUUAGACAGAUGCUCAACUCCAAUGACAUGGUCGUCGCCCCGUUCGUCCUCAACGCCCUGCAUGCCAAGAUAGCCGAGUCCGUUGGGUUCCAAGCGGUCUACAUGACCGGUGCCGGUACCGCCGCUGAAAGAGGCUUUCCCGACGUGGGCCUGCUCACCAUGACCGAGAUGGUCGCCAACGCCAAGUACAUCGCAAACGCGGUCGACAUCCCCGUGAUCUGCGACUCCGACACCGGCUACGGCAACCCGCUGAACGUGAUGCGCUCGGUGCAGGAAUACGAAGCUGCCGGCGUGGCCGCCAUCCACCUCGAGGACCAGGUCUUCCCCAAGAAAUGCGGCUUCUUUGAAGGCAAGCAGGUCACACCUGUCGAGGACCACGUGCAGAAAAUUCGAGCCGCUCUCGAUGCCCGCAAGGACCCUGACUUUGUCAUCAUCGCUCGCUGCGAUGCCUACGCUGUAACUGGCUGGGAGGACACCAUCCGGCGCUGCAAGGCCUACGUGGAGGCGGGCGCCGACGUGGUAUUCGUUGACGGCAUCAAGAGCGAUGAGGACAUUCGCAAACUACGCCAAGGACAUGGCCGACCUGCCCCGAAUAUCACCAUCUGCGGCAGCACCAUCUGGCUCAUUUACCAGCAGGUCAAGGAGUCCUUCGAGGAACUCAAGGCCACCGGCGCUGUCGACCCGAAGCGCUUCGCCACUCGCUGGGACGUCGCGUCCCUCCUGGGGCUCGGCGAAAUAUACGAACUCGAGCGCAAGUACGGCGUCAGCGACACCGUCCCAACCAAUGUGUAG